CCAGUUUGAUUUUUUUUUUUUUUUUCUUGAGCACUUUAUUUUUACAGCAACAGGCAAACCUCACCUCAGGUUAGUGUGGAGCUCCCUCCUCACCUCAGCCUAGUGGGGAGGGUGGGCAGAGCCUGGAGUGUGGAACAUGCUGGGCCCACAGCUCUCUUUCAGUGGCAUCCCCAGCCGUGGGCACUGGCUCCUGCAGUGCUUCAGCUCUGCUUCCAGCUGCCUUGAGCAGCAAGUCUGAGCAGGCCCUGGAGCUGGGCACUGGGCAUGACACCUCCCUGGCCUGGGAGGGUUUGCUGACCCCUGGCCCACGCUUUCAGUAGUGGCACUUCUUUAUCCCCAUCCAGCACACAACCCAAAACUUGGCUUUCAGAAGUUUUACAGAACCGAGGCGUGUGGGGAGCAAACGGGUUCUGCCAUAACGAGGGGCUGAGCUGGUUCCCUUUGGGUGGGAUGGGGUGUCCCCAGGGAUCACCACAUGCUGCCCACACACCACAAGAAUACAUCACCUUGUUUACAGUGCCUGAGCUGGCCCUGGCACGCUCCGCCUGCGUCUGCAGGCUGAUACUGAAUGUCAAAUCACACACAAAAACUCCGUAAUAUUUCUGGUUUUAACCCUUCCUCUCCUGGUUCCACUCCCUCUGCAUCCUCUGCUUCCACCCAGCUCCUCUCCUCCUGUAGGAUGCAGCUCCCUGGCACUUCUCCCUGUGCUCCUGUUGCUUCUUUUGUCGUGGCUGGUGCAUGCCUGGUGGGGAUGGUCCUGUGGCACUGCUGCUUUCCUUUCUCUGAGAGCCCAGCUUCCUCCGUACAGAGUUUCCUUGCCUUUCUGCUGGAUUUCUUCUUUUUUAAGACAAGGGAGAAAAUGCAUCCUCCACAGGACAGGCCAAACUCCUGCCUGCCAACACAGCAUCUCCCAAAUUGCUCCCAAAGGCUCUCUUUGGAGAGCCUUCAUCCCUCAUCCCACUGCAGCUAUGUCUCGCUGGGGCUGGGCAAAGGCUGUUGGUGGUGGGAAAGGAGGGUGAAUACAGCACCAGUGGGGCUGUGUUCCCAUCUUUGGUGGAGGGUGAGGGUUGUGGUUAUUUUUGGUGUUUCACCGGGUUCUGUGAGGGGAAGGCUGUGUGGAGCACGUCCCUGCAGCCUGCUUCUCCCUGGGUGGUGCUUGUAUCUGCACUGUGUCCCUUUGCUGGCAAUUCUGGGUGCCACGUGCCACAUGGACCCAUGGCCAGGUGUGGGGUGGGUCUGUGCCACCCCACUGCCCUUCUCCAGCUCCUCUUCUGCUCCCUGCAUCUCCUGGGGCUCACUUUGUCUCCUCCAAGGUUGUGUUGGGGAAGGUUUUGGCAUGACUACCAUCGCUUGGUCAGGAGCAGAGCAAAGCUUUAACUCAAAUCCUUCCUCUGGAGGGCACCGUGGGGAUAGGGAGGAAGCACCCAGGGCUGGGAAGGGGCUCCAGGGCAUGAUAUGGGCGGGACAAGUGCAAUAUUCAUGUCCUUCUCUGUGUACUGACCCCAGCGUGGCCCUUGGGGUUGGGUUUGAGUCAGAAUUGUCAAGCAGAGGAGGGAGUGUGAAGAGCAGGGGAUGUCUGAUGUUUCCCCUUGCCCUGCUACUAGUGUACUCUAAGAAAGCUGGCCACAUUUUAGGGACAGCUGUGUGCCAAGGCAUGUCCCCAGCCUGGCACUGGGCAUCAGUGGGUUUGCUGAUGAGGCUCCUGGCAUCCAAACUCACUUUGCAAGCAGCAGUGAAGACCUCAUUUCCAAGGGGGCUGGGAUAUCACAGAAGCAUUAAAUGGGUUUUGCAGCUCUUCCCUUUUAUUGGGGUGAGCAGGGCUGUUUGAAGCUGGGGUGGAUGUGCUCACGGCACAUGCGGUGCGAGGGGCUGUGCUGAGCCAGGGGGAGCUGGCACAGGAUUUGAUGGACACGAAAACUUGACACUUGUAUAUUGUAGGCUGCUCAGUAACCAAGAAACUUGUCUGUGUAAAUAUAGCAAUGGUCACGUCCGUGUCUCGUGCCUAUGGAUAUUGUCAGCGUACAGCACGGGUGGCUGCCCAGCGGCAGAGCUGGUGCUGCACCUGAAUCAUGUAUCUUACUUUAAUCAAUAAAUAUGAUCUAUUUUUUAUGUGUAAAGGCUUUGGGGUGUGAAGUGUGGGUUUUUCUUCCAAAAGAAGUGAGAGCAGGAGAUGUGGAGCAUCCUGUGCUGCUCCCACCCCCACACAGCA